AUAGCGUUUGAGUUACCAUUGUAUUUUUCUCUGUGCGGAAAAUAAGAAAAACACAUACACAUAGCACUGCAAUGUGGCACACUGUAAACGGUGUUACACCAGUUACACGUAUUACGUCGAAUGCGAUAGCGAUAUUUGUUGCUUUCUACGCACACACCUACUUUGACAGAUGAAGGCUUGAUUCUCAAUAGGAGUGAAAAGGUCCACCGUUGAAACAACGAUUCGAUUUGGCGGGUUUUCAAUAAAUAACCACUACACUGAACACGGCAUAACCCGAGCUGACCGCUUUCGGCAUCGCGUUUGCAUUCUCGCCGCAUCAUUCAAUCAUUCAUUGCCCCGUAGUCUGGCAACGAUAUCGCUUGUGAGAGGAUUUAAAUUAGAAAAAAAUAAGUUGUUAUUUUGUGCUAACUUGUUGGAAAGCCAGUGAAUCAAAAAAUGUCGGAUAACGAAGUCGUCACCAAUGAGUCCGAAUCUGAGGAGACCACUGAAACCCCAAAGAAGGGACGUGGACGCCCGAAGAAGGAAGGAGGUACUGCUGAGGAAAUCAACACGACCGGCGAAAAUCAUGCUCGUCAUGUCGCUUCCUCACCAUCGUCCUCCCUGGUUCAACAUAUCUGGAGUCCGAUAUUUGACUAUUUCAAUCGAAAAAAGGCUCACCGGACGGCGGACAGUGCCGAGCCUGGUGGUCGGGCAGGAGGGACCCCCGAACCAGAAACUGUAACUGCGGAAAACUUUCCCAUUGUUGAGAAGCUCCAGUCUGCGGAUUCAUGUCCGCUGGAGUUCGAGUUCCGAGCACCACCGCCACCAGAUUCGUUUGAACCCGUACAAACGAUAUCGAUUUUGGAGGCGAGCCAACAGCAGCAUAUAUUUUCUACCGAGAACGAGUUCCAGCCAGCACAGACUUUUCAGUUUGCGGCAUCCGAUUUUGACUGUCUGCUCUCCAGGGGUGGCGACAUUCAACACCAAGUGCCUAGAGAUUCUCUGUUGUUGAAAUUUGAUCCCCUGUUGAAAGUGCCUGCAGCAGCAAGCGCACGCCUCGGCACUACGGAAGAAGAGAAAUCGGAAGGCGUAGGUGUUGAACUUGCACCACUAGUGGAAACCGCACCAGCAGCGGAGGAGGCUGAAGGUGGUGAGAUUGCUGGUGUUUUGCUGCCAGCAUCAGGAACUUGCGAAUCGGCUGCUAGUUCUUCUGUUGUUUCACUAUCUUCUAGCAGUAUGAGCGUUGAUGAAACUAAAACUUCGCAAACCUCACACUGCGCAGACGAAGAGACAGACGGAAAAAUGAGCGUUGACAACACCAUAAUAUUGGACUGCGAAAGCAGCACAGAAAGAAACAUGAGUUGCACGGAACCAGAUCAGGAUUUGAACAGCACCAACGAGCUGGACAAAAAACAGAGCAAAAAUGAGUCACUUAAAACUGACGAACUUGAACAGAAGUUAAAGGAAGCGGAAAUUCGCGAAGAAACAUUGUUAAAGCGAAUCACGGACAAGGAUAAAACCAUUUCAAAAAUGAGCGGUGUUGUGGAAGCGUAUGAGCGGGCAAUUGCCGAGCUUAUUGCGGAAAAAGAACAGACCGCACAGAAUUACGAGAAAACCUGCGAAGCAUUGAAGGCGGAUAGCGAAAUCAAUGCGCAACAUUUGGAAUCUCUAGAGAAAACAUUCUCCGAUUUGCACGCCAAAUAUGAACGGCUGAAGGCAAUUACGGUGGAAUAUAAGGAACGAGAGGAAGAACUGGUCACCGAACGUAAUCGGUUUGAGGAAAACCUCCGGAUGCAGGAAAAGCGGUACGAAAACAUGAAGAGCCACGCCAUGACACAGCUGGAAAUAGCAAACAACAAGCUCUCGGAGAUAGUUCAGAAUCAUGCACAGGAAGUGACGAAGUUGAAGGCACUGCUAAAGAAGGAAGAGAUAUAUCGGGCCUCGGUGAACGAACAACUUAGCCAGAAAACGCGCGAAAACGAGGAACUGGUGAAAAUAUGCGAAGAGCUAAUCAAUGGUGGUACCACCAAUUAGGGUCAGCAGGAGAUUCACUUGUGAACUUGAGGUGUGAUUGCAUAAGGUUCGAAUACUAUGUAUUAUAACAUUAAGUAGUGCAGCAGCGAUACACAUGUUAAUCUUUCAACAUUAAUUAAAAACUGAUUUUGAUUCGUGUUUUUAUUUA